UGAACAGCGCCGCUUCCGGAAGCUCAACAUCGCAUGCCCGUCCGCUGUCAAACUCAAAGAGCGUUACACGCCAUGGCUCGCACGUCGAACCCCAGAAGACCACCGAAGCCAAAGAAGCCGCCGUUAACACACUUUCUGUGCGUGCCACUUGUGACCCCCGCGUCUCGGCCACAACUGGAAGCGUCGCUUCGGACAUUUGGAGAGGCUGUAUGCGUCUCCGAUGCCCGCUCGAACAGGUCCGAUGGAGCGAGUGAGGAUGUACCGCACCGCACAGGACUACCAACAAUCUCCCCCAAGGCCGUCAGACCCGUGGGAUCGAUUCAUUGUACCUUGGGGGUCAUGUCUCUAGAUGACCAGCAGCUUAGCAAUGCCUCGGAUUACUUGCGCGGCAGCGAGGUAAAGGACCUGCUGAAGACGUUUGGCCAACAACCCGCAACAUCUCACGAAACUCCACCCAAGACUGGACCGAUUGUCGUCAGUUUGAAAGGACUUCAAUCCAUGCACGCCCCGCAAAACACCUCCAUCCUCUACGCCGCACCACAAGACGACACUUCCCGCUUAUAUCCCCUCUGCCUCGCUCUCCAGAAACUGUACAAAGAUCAAGGCUUCUUGGUCGACGAUGAUCGGGAGCUGAAGCUUCACGCCACGGUGAUAAACACCAUUUAUGCCAAGGGAGGAGCCAGACGGCCGGGCAGGAAUGGACCUCAAGGGCAUGGACCCAACGCCAACGCACCAUUAAAGAUGGAUGCGACGUUACUGCUGGAGCGGUAUCAGGGCUAUGUGUGGAUGGAGAAUGUGGUGCUGGACCGGGUUGCAAUCUGCGAGAUGGGGGCGAAGAAGAUGCUGAAUGACGAAGGGGAAGAGGUUGGGGCGGAGUAUACCGAGGUCGCGAGUGUCGAGAUGCCUCGUUGACGUGUUCUACAACGUACAAGCAACGAGGAUGAUCUCUCGUAUGUUCCUCGUAUGGACAGAGCCGAGAGCCUCGUGCGGAAUGAAAUGGGGGGAUGUGAUUGGCUGAGAGCAGCAGCCGCCUCGGCGUGGCGCGUCAUGUGAAAGGCGGGAACCUCGAGCCAAAACUUGUAUAACUACCUCUACC